CUGAGCUGUCAUUGGCUAUUUGGCUGGAGCGGAAUAAACACACAGAAGAAGCCGGACUUGCGGAUUUGGCACAGUCAGCAUGGAGUUGGGGGACCAGGAUGUCCCGGCUGCCAAGCCUGAUAUAGAGGUGGAGUGGAGCCAAUUCCUCCAGGGGACAGUUGGCACCACAUUGGCGAGCUAUGGCUGGUUUAUCCUGCUGGGCUGUAUAUUACUGUAUAUUGUGAAGCAGAGGUUCUCGGACAACUUCAGCUCUUUGCUGACAUCUGCACCCAGAUCCACAGAAGACCCGGAUGAGGUGGUUAGAAGACAGGAAGCAGUGGCUGCAGCCAGGCUGAGGAUGCAGGAGGAGCUCAACGCUCAGGCCGAGAGGUUUAAAGAGAAGCAGAGACAGCUGGAAGAAGAGAAAAGGCGUCAGAAGAUUGAGAGCUGGGAGAGUAUGAAGGAAGGAAAAAGUUACAAGGCGACCUCUCGCCUAAGUCAGCCUCAGGAGCCAGCUCCCAGCACAUCCACAUCAUCAGCUGCUCCAAAGCCAAAACCAGAUCGGAGACCUCUCAGGGGUGGAGGUUAUAACCCUCUAACCGGUAACGGAGGAGGUACAUGUGCCUGGAGACCUGGAAGAAGAGGGCCCUCUGCAGGGGGGUGAGGUUAAAGCACCUUGCUGGUGUUAUUUCUUUGAAAAAUACCAGCAAGGAUAAGGGACUGGACCGCCAGCAAACAAAGCGUCUUCUUCUGCCCCUAAGGGAAUCUAAUUGUAUCCCUUAUCUGGAGUUUAAAUGGAGCACACAGUGAAUUAAUUGUCCCUUCAGCGUCUAUGUUCAGUGUGAUGCCUGGAUUUGGAGGGGCAUGUUUCAUAUCCAGAAAAUCUAGUGACCUAUCGAUUUAACAGAAAAUGAUGUAGAUUUAUUCUGGGUCACUGCAGUGUGACGCUAUCAAUGAUGUUUUCCUUAGAAAUGGUGUUAAGCCAAUAAGGAUGACUGAUGUGAUGUUGCGGUCAGCUCUAUAUAUGUCUUUUCAUUGUCACAUAUUCAGUACGUGAAUUAAUAGAUAUUUUGCACCUUCAACUACACGUGUUGAUAUCCAGAAGGAAGUAGAGAUCAAAAGGCUUUUCCAGGCUCCUGAUAUUAAUGACCUAUUCUCCGGAUAGUCAUUAGUAUCUGAUCAGUGCAGGUCUGACAGCAUGCAACUCCGCCGAUCAGCUGUUCCCUGCAGCCUCUGAUGCAGGUACUAGCAACAGAAAGCAUAGCUAUUUUCAAAGUGGAGUGGUUGUGCGGAGUUCCCAUUAAUGUGAGUAGGAACCGAACUGCAGUAACCAGACACGGCCGCUACACUUUGGAAGGAGCUGUUCUUCCAGCUCUGUUUAACCCCCUAACAGAUUUGCACGAACUGUGUUCAUGUUUUGAGAAAAAUACCUUUAUCCCGAGCACAGCUCCAGCAGCUGGGUUAGGGGUACAGUUGCUUUAACCCUUCAUAUCUCGGGCUGUGUAGAAGAUAGAGAUAUGGUCCUGUUCUUUGAAAGCUGGCAAGUUAAGCUGUAAAACAAGACAAGGAUCGCAGCAUUAGCUCCUCUACAUUGGGAGAUAUAGUCUUUUAGAAAUCAUGUCGGGAGUGAUAGAAGCUGGAAGUGAAUAGCUGAAUAAAAGUUAUAUCUCCCUACCUGUAGCAGCUAAUGUAUUGAUCUUGGUCUUGUUUUGAAGCUUAGAUUGUCAGUUUUCAAACAUGACCAGGACAUAUGUUUAGCUGCUACAUAGCCCGAAAUAGGUUUAAAACAACCCACCUCCCUUCAGGAGGGGCGCAGAGGUGACAACCUGCAGUAAAAUAGUAACCCCCCCCUUCCCUCCUCCCAAAUAUGAACUUCUGUGCAUGCUACAUAUCCCCCUCUCUUCCCUCAAUCUGGAAACAUACUUUCCUCAUUGAGAAUAAGAGCACUUGCCUAUCUAAUAGCCUCUUUGUGCCACAUUAGGACAUUUAUUGAAGCUAUGACCCAGACGUUUACCAGCGCCUGGAUCACAGCAUGAAGUAAGUAACACCAGACACUCAAUCUUUACCAUACAAUAAGCAAACCGCUUCUCUAGCAAUAAACUUUACACACUACAGUAAUAGCAAUAAGGAUUUUCUGGGUCUUGGAACACAAACACGAAGAAACUAUUAUUUUGUAAAAAAAAAAUGAUUUUUAUUUUGCAAUUAUUAUAACAUAAUAAAAACUAUUUAAAUAUGGCAUCAUAAUUUUACUGACCCACAGAAUAAAGUUAUGUUAUUUAUACCACAUAGUGAACGCUGUAAAAAUAAAUCCCACAAAAUAAUGUUAAAAUUGCUGGGGAGUGUUAUUUUCCCCCUAAAAAUAAAAUAAGAAAAGUUAUUUAAUACAUUAGAUGUACCUGAAAAUGGUUCCAAAAAAACUACAACUCAUCCUACAAAAUUUAAGGUCUCCUACAGCGAAAUAAAAAAAUAAGAAAACAGGAACAUGGAGGGGGGAAAAAUGUUACUGGUCAUAAAGGCUAAAAUUGGUUAUGUCACUAAGGGGUAAAAUGCACUUCAGUCACCCAAGGGGUGCGCCAACUGUAUUUGACAUAAGUUCAAAAUCUACAAUAAAAAAGUUACAUUUUCGGGAGUGUUUUUUCAAUUUUAAAGUGACUGUUGAGGGGUUAAAGUGCAGUAGUGGGAACAGCUGUUUGGUGGGGGUGCCAGACGUCAGACCUGCAGUGAUCAGAUAUUCAUGACCUAUACUGGGGAUAGGCCAUCAAUAUCGGGAGCCUGGAAACCCCUUUAAGGACAUUUUGUAUACAGAGUAAUGUUUUACAAGACUCAUAUCUGUAUUUAAAAAAAUAUGCUGUAUCUGUUUAAUUAAAAAGUGUACUUUUACACA